UUUUUUUUUCCUUUUAUUUUUCCUUUUUUUUUCCUUUUUUUUUUCCUUUUUUUUCUUAAACUGUUUUAGCAAAAUUGUUCCACCAGCUCGAUUGUAAUUACUUCAGUGGAGAACAGAAAAAUGCACAAAAUUAGGACAAUUACUUUGGCUGACCGUUACUAUGCUUUGCUAUGUUUCUUCCUUUGCUCUUCCCCGUUUUUAACCGUUUAGCGGCCAAUUAGUUCGCCAUAGCAGCAAAGCGCAUGCGUCCACAUGCCCGCUUCGACUUAGCCGUAACAGACCAGUGCACACUGCAAAUAUAAAUGAAUAUCUGGCUGCACACCUACACCCUAGACGUUCCCUUUUUUCUGAAAAAUGUGCGCCACACGGGAAUCGAAAUUUUCGGAAGCGAGUACACCUUCUCCAUGGAUGGAAUCACCACUUGCAAGCCAAAGAAGUCGACCAUCGGACAGUACUGUAAAAGCUACGAAUUGACCUUCGUGAAAAUAACCUACUCUCAGUUUUCCGAAAUUUUAAAUGCCCUUGGAAAAAUAUACAGACCCAACACGUAUAACUUCGUGUGUAAAAACUGCAACCAUUUCUGCGAUGACUUAUUUGAGUUACUGAGUGGAAAAAGAUUAUUUCAUACAUUUAUGAUUUAUUCUCGAUUGGGAAAACUUUUCGGAAGUUUUAAGAACUUGGCCUUAUGUGGGUACAUCGACUCCAUGGAGCUGUCCGGCAAUGAUAAGGAGAUGUACGUCUACGCGCUGAAGCUGUCCAAGUCGAUCAUACGGCGGAAUAGGAAGGCGUCCAUCGGGGUGGCGGGCAAAUCGCAGAGCAGCUUGCCGAAUGGCUUGACGGACAAAUCGCAGAGCAGCUUGCCAAAUGGCUUGCCGGGCAAUUUGACGAGCACCCUUCCUAACGCCCUUCCGAGUGCCCUUCCGAGUGCCCUGCCCAGCAACUUACCCCCCUGCCUGACGAGCCCCUUGCCUCCCCUCCAUUUCAACAAACCAAGCGACAACUAUUGCAACCAGUUUUACAGCCCGUCUCCCAUAUAUGUCAUCCCGUACGCCCCCUACGCGAAUGACUCCUGCAUGGGCCAAAACGUCUUCUACGGAGAGAAUACCUUUAACGGCCCCAUGAAAAGCCUGCCUGAUGAGGUGCAGAAGGGAGUUUUCCCGAACAGCCAAUUCAGAACGGUUUAUUCGAUUAGCACCAAUGACAGCUUUUCAAUGGCAUGA